AUGUGCAGAGUGAAGCCAGACUUCCCGUCCUGCCAGCCUCACCCCUUUGGCAGCUGGUACGAACAACAGCAGAGUGGUUAUCCUGGCUACAGCUCUGGCUGCGGGGCGGGUGGAAAUGGACCCAACCUUUAUUCUCUGUGUGAGACCUCUGUUUACCCGGCUGAGACUUCACUUCCACCGAAGGAAACCACACCUCUAGCUGAAAACCAAGAUGAAGAUUCACUCGAAGAUCCGAAUCUCCACUUGAAUAUUGAGGAACUCAACAAAGAGUUUAUGGUGAAAAGUGAAGAGCUCUACCAAUCUCUCAUGAAUUGCCACUGGCAGCCUCUCGAUACAGUGCACUCAGAAAUCCCAGACAAGACCCCCCAAGAGCAAGAUGCUUAUUAAGCUACCCAACUAACAUAUAGAUUGUGUCUUGUUUUGUUUCUGUUUUAAAAAUAGUUCUCUGAGGAAGGCACUGGAUUGUGUAUGUAAAUAUAGAUUCCCAGGACUUAAACUUGAUUGAGAUGACAGAAUGUAAUGUAAAUAAACUUUACCAGCACGUUCA